AUGCAAACAGAUGCUCAGGCUGAAGCUGUGAAUGUGGAGGAGUGUCCUGAAGCAGGCACAGAAGUCCGGACACCCUCUCACUCAAGCAUAAACCCAGAAUUAAGUGCAGCUACAAGCAUAAGCACUGGCAUGAGGACAAGCACAAGUUCUUCAUCUACAAAUAUUUCAUCAACAACACCAGUAUCAACCCCUACAUCUAGACAGGGGUAUGAGAUAGAUCCAAAAUAUAUGCUAGAGCCCCAAGACAGAGAAUUUGAAGUAGGUCCAGAGUUCCUCCUAAAUGACAGCCAAGACACAGAGGCCACUCCAGAACAAGGAGAAUGCACUGAAGAGGAUGUGAAGAAACCCUUGGUAGAGGCAAAGCUAUCCAAUCCUAAGGAACAUGUAAUUGAUGAAUAUUCUGCAUGUCAUGAUGCUUCUUCAGAUGAUGAUUUCUGUAUAAUAACAGAAGAUACUGAACACAAGAAAGACCCUAAGUUUCAAGAAGUCGUUGUGGGUCAAGAACAAGGACAUCAGAAGGUAUCUGAGGCUGCCCCAUCUUGUCCAACCACACCAUUACAAGCUGUGCACCCAGAAGCUAGCUUCAAUUCACUUUGCCCAGAAAAGCAUAGACUAACAACAGAUCCUUGUUACUUUGUGUACUUACAAAUGCAGCCAAAGAGAACAUAUCAAUACCAUUGUCCACUUUUUGGGGAAAAGUUUGCCCAACUCUGUGGCCCACAAGUGAAGAUGACAGAGGUCUAUGAUUUGAAUAUAAGUAGAUCCUUCCAUGGUGAACAACCUUCUUACCCAGAUAUUGAAGAGGAGCAUAGGGAACAAGAACAAUGUGAAUAUGAAUUCUCCCAGUGUACUGGAAUGCUUCGAAACUUAAAAUAUGAACGGCCUGGGCAGCAACAUACUGGGCAAGGACAAGGACCUCGUGUAUGUCAUCCAGGAGAACAGGUGGUGACUGUUAUAGAUGACAUGGGGUCACCCACCAUGGAAUUUUUUGGAAAUGACAAUUCUCAGCAUUCACGAAAUGAGACACAUAGAUGUUGGGAGGAUCCUAUUGAUUGUGCCCCUCCGCCUCUGCAUCAUUCAUCAAGAUCAUUCCAAGAAAUGACUGGAUCACAUCAAACAUUGGCAGCCUCAUUUCAAGCAUCAUUACUGUCAUGUCAAGCAUCAUUAGUGUCAUGUCCAGCAUCUUUACCAUCAUGUUCAGCAUCUGCACCAUCAUGUAUAGUACCUGUACCGAUACAUAAAUAA